AUGGUUGAAUUUCUUUUAAUGUCUUCGAUAAAUUUGGCUUUAAGGGAUGUGGCUGUGUCUGAAUACCUGCUUGCUAUUCAGGAUGAAACGGGUGCCUAUUUAAUAGACAGAGAUCCGACCUACUUUGGGCCAGUGCUGAACUAUCUCAGACAUGGGAAACUGGUUAUUAACAAGGACCUAGCUGAGGAAGGUGUACUUGAAGAGGCUGAAUUCUACAAUAUCACAUCACUAAUAAAACUGGUAAAGGACAAAAUAAGAGAAAGAGACAGCAAAAUCUCACAGGUGCCAGUCAAACAUGUGUACAGGGUGCUGCAGUGCCAGGAAGAGGAACUCACUCAAAUGGUUUCCACUAUGUCCGAUGGCUGGAAAUUUGAACAGCUGGUCAGUAUUGGUUCUUCCUAUAACUAUGGCAAUGAAGAUCAGGCUGAAUUUCUGUGUGUUGUCUCAAAGGAAUUGCAUAACACUCCCUAUGGCACAACCAGUGAACCCAGUGAAAAAGCAAAGAUUUUGCAAGAACGAGGUUCCAGAAUGUGAAGACAGUAUUGAACGGUGGCAAUUUUUUCUCUUUUAUUUCAAGACACAGUGAAUUGUCACACUGAAGAGGCUCAGCUGCAAAAGAAAAAAAAUCCGAUUUAGACAAUUUUCUGUUGAUCUGGGUUCAGCCGUUUUUGCCUGUAAGCUGGUGUCCACUGGCUGAAAGCAUUGCAAGAUUACAUAAUGGGAAUAGAUGGUGUGGGAGUGUGUGUUAAGUUUUGGUUGUAGUGCAUGUUUGUACUCUCUUGUGGGCUGACUGACGCUGGUCAUUUGAAAAGAAAUGACCAUGCACUCAUAUUUUCCUCUGAGACAUGUAGCACUUACUGUCUGGUGCUAGAUGACCCAAUGUUGAUCAGUUUGGAGACAUUUUCCUACUAAUCAUUGUAAACAUUUAAAGGACAAUGUAAUUGGUGCUACACACACACACACACACAUCAUAGCCCACAAAUGCAAGUAUUUGGGCUUGCAUUGUUUCAGAGUCAGUGGCAGCCCCAGUCAACUAUAUUAUACUGCACAUUCCUUACGGCUCUGUGACAUACUCUGUUAUACAAUAACAGCUUAGGAGAUCAACUGAAACUAACAUGUAAAAAGUUACACAACAGACAAAAGGUUUCUCUGAAGGAAAGGU